UUCACCAUCGGCUUUCGACUCCCGUCUCCUCCCAAGUAGGGCUAAAAUUAGGGCGUAGGGUUUUAGAGAUCUCAGCAAUGGCGGAGAGCGGAGCUGGGCGAGAGGAAGGGGAAGGAGCUGGAGUCCUCCUCUAUUACAAGUACGCCCCCGUUCCCGAUCUCCCCUCCCUCGUCCGCUUCUACGACUCCAAUUGCCGAUCUCUCGGCCUCCUUGGCCGCGUCCGGAUCGCUCCCGACGGCGUCAACGUCACUGUUGGUGGAAAGAUGUCAUCACUGGAGAAGCACAUUGCAGAGGUGAAAUCAAAGAGCUUAUUCGAGGGCACUGACUUCAAGCUUGCAGAUUGUGAUCACCCUUCUGAUAAGAGGAUCGCUAAUGAAUGCGGUUUCACGUCUCUCAACAUUCGAGUUGUAAAGGAGUUAGUUACCUUUAGAUCCCAUCCAUUAUCGAAGUCACCAGAAAUUUCAAAUGCAGGAGCACACCUUUCUGCAAUUGAGUUCCAUUCUGUUCUCCAUGAUGCGAGAAAUAAUGUGGACUCUCAUUCAUCGGUCCAGCAGAAGCAACUUGUUUUACUGGAUGCAAGGAACAUAUAUGAGACUAGGAUUGGGAAGUUUCAGACUCCAAAUGUGGAGACUUUGGAUCCAGAAACAAGGCAAUAUAGUGACCUACCUGCCUGGAUAGAUGACCAUUCUGAACAGCUGUGUGGCAAACAUGUCCUCAUGUACUGUACUGGAGGUAUAAGAUGUGAAAUGGCAUCAGCCUAUAUUCGAUCCAAGGGUGCAGGUUUCGAAAAUGUGUUUCAGUUAUUUGGUGGAAUUCAGAGAUAUUUGGAACAAUUUCCGGAUGGUGGCUAUUUUACGGGAAAAAAUUUUGUAUUUGAUCACAGGAUCUCAGUCGGAUUUCAGGAUGCAAAUAUUGUCGGAACUUGUCUAAUAUGUCACUCUUCGUUUGAUGAUUAUUCAUCUCGUUGCCGGUGCAGUUAUUGUAGGAUGUUAGUCUUAGUAUGUUAUAGUUGCCAGGGUAGUUCUGGUGUGGUGUAUGUUUGUGAGUUAUGCCAGAAACAAGGCAAGGGAGAUAGGCCAUUGCUGUUGAUACAGGAUGACCAGAUACUUGCAGAUUGCUUGCCUGAUUCAUCUGAAGCAAAUGAGAUUGCAAGAGCCCCGUUUUCUGAUCACAUCAAACCUCUUUCUGAACUCUCCCUGAGAGAUGGCCACAACCAUCGGAGAAAACUAAGGAUCCUGUGCUUGCAUGGUUUUCGACAGAAUGCUUCAAAUUUUAAGGGAAGAACAUCAUCACUGGCUAAGAAACUCAAAAACAUGGUGGAGUUUGUUUUUGUUGAUGCCCCUCAUGAACUUCCAUUUAUUUAUCAACAACAUUCUCAUGAACCACCUCAUGUUUCCAUGGAUUUGGCAUCAGAGAAAGCUACCAAUCUAACCAAUUCUUGUAAAGAGUCACCACCUACACUGGAAAACUGCAAAAAAAGAUUUGCAUGGCUUAUUGCCCCGAAGUCGGACUGCUUGGAGGAAGGAGGGUGGAAAAUGGCAGAUGUGUCAUUUGACCCUCUUCAAUAUCAGCAACAAACUGAUGGCUUUGAAAAAUCCUAUUCUUAUCUCAAGACUGUAAUCUCACAGAUGGGGCCAUUUGAUGGGAUCCUUGGAUUCUCGCAAGGAGCAGCAAUGGCUGCUUUGUUCUGUGAAAAGCAACAGAGAAGUGGUGGCGUUUCAGAUUUUAGAUUUGCAAUCUUAUGCUCUGGGUUCUCUGCAGUAUCAGAGGAAUGCAGCAAGAAACUAAUAAAGUGCCCAUCUUUGCAUUGCUUCGGUAAUGGCCAAGGGCAUGACAGGCAGAUAGCAUGCGAAGCUAGCAGGAAACUUGUUGAUCUGUUUGAUAAGGACUGCUCUAUGGUCAUCGAGCACGACAUGGGUCACAUAAUCCCGACCAGGUCGCCAUACAUUGAUCAAAUGAAGGAGUUUCUUAUGCAUUUCCUCUGAAAGCCCAUCUGAUGUGUUCUACCCUCAUUCUGAGCUUUGUAUACUAUUGUCUGCUUUUUUAAAACAAAAAUAUCUGGACUGAAGAAGUCUCUGUAAUUUGAUUAUUGAAUUUCUUGUAGAAUUUCAAUUGGUUGAAUAAUUUUCCUUUUUUCCCUCAAUUUA